AUGCUUCUGUUGGUUGUAGUUGUUUUACCGCUGUCGGCUAUAAUACCGACGAGAAAAAGUAUGGGUAUAGGUAGGAAGAGGAAGGAAGAAAGUACUGCGAAAUGGGAGUUAUGGAGAGGGACGAAGGAGAAAAACAAUGAGAAGGAUAGGAGAAUUGGUGGGAAAACCAGUAUAAAUAUUAAAACUUCACUGAAUAGCGACGAAUGUCAAUGGUUAGUCGGCUCAAAUAUUGAUGGUGGUGAUGGUGAUGACAGUGUUCACUUUGGAGAUAACUAA